AUGGGGAAGGAAGACUACGUCUCCACAGGAGGCUCACUCAAGCUUAAAGGCAUCAAAGACGGCGGGAUCAAAAAAAAGAAAUCAAAAAAGAGCCGCACGAAGUCAAAAUCAGAGGACCGCGACGACGGCAAUAGCGAGCGCGCCCUCUCCAAUACCGGGGAAGAAUCAAAGGAUUCUAAGGAAGAACCCGGCGAGGGACGAUCACGCUCUGGGUCUGCUGAACGUGAUGGGCCGGAGAAGGGAGACUACUAUGCUGGAAAGACAGAGGCGGAGCGAAGGUUUGAAGAACGGAAGCGGAAGAGGAUGGACGAAAGGUUGAAGCGAGAGGGCAUCAAGAGCCACAAGCAACGUGUCGAGGAGUACAACAAGUACCUGAGUAAUCUCAGUGAGCACCACGACAUGCCUCGUAUCGGACCUGGCUAA